CCUCUCACCUUCGCCCGAACCCUCACUAAUUGAGCCAUUCCCCCACCAGCCUCCACUUUUCUUUCCUCCCUUUUCCCUUCCCUUCUCCGCCAAACCCUCUAUAAUACAUAAACCAUGUCGAUGCAUCGCUUGGUAACAAGGCUUUCAGGCCUUGGCUUAUACCCUACCUCAGCCACAGCCACAGCCUCUCUUCGGACUUGUGUCACUACAGCCUCAGUAUCCCGUUAUUCAACCGUUGUUCCUGGAAAAGUUGAUCUCUCCAACUUGAGUGACAAUCCUGGAUCGAAAUCACAGCGUCUCCGUGUAGGUCGUGGUCAAGGUUCAGGAAAGGGUAAUACGGCUGCUCGGGGUCAUAAAGGUCAGAAGGCUCGUGCCGGAAACAAUGGUCAACCAAAGCCUGGUUUCGAAGGUGGUCAAACUCGUUUGAUCGAUCGUCUUCCAAAGCGUGGAUUCAAAAACUCUGAACACAAGGACUAUCAACCAUUGAAUCUGGAUCGCCUUCAAUACUGGAUCGAAUCAGGACGUAUUGAUCCUACACAGACUAUCACCAUGAAGCAUCUUUUGGAUUCACGAUGCAUCCAUAAAAUUCAGGAUGGCGUUAAGCUCUUAGGAGAUGGUAAGGCAGAGUUCAAGAUCCCAAUCAAUAUUGAGGUUUCAAGGGCUUCCAAAUCAGCUAUCAAGGCGGUUGAGGCAGCAGGUGGCAAGAUCACCAGCGUUUAUUAUAAUCAAUUGGGCUUGCGUGUCUUGACCAAGCCUCACAAAUUUGAAGAGCUGCCUAAAUUCGCACGACCUAUGAAGAAGAAGGACAUUGCCUUUUACACAGAUGAAGCAAAUCGUGGAUACUUGGCUGGAAAGACUGAAAUCGUCGGCAUGGAUCAUUAAAGACUUUUUUAUUUUAUGAGUGCAUCUGGAGGAGAGACAAGGAAGUGAGAAGGAGAGGAAGAUAUUAGAAGACUGGCAUUUUGUUUUUUUUUUGUUCUUGU